UAUCUACUCCAGUGAUUCACAACUUUAGUUCUGAAAAUCAGCAAGUCCAUAAAAAAUAGAACGAAAUGGCUUCAUAAACAAUCAUGACAAGUGUUGUGUGCCAAAUGCAUAGUGGAAUCAUAGAGAGAAUUGCACCAUGCAGCAGAUAUGUUCAGGGUAAAGUGAAAAGUAAAGUUCAAAUAAAGAAGCAACUCAACUGGUCUCUCCCAUGCUGCUCUGUUGCAUCAAGGAGCAAUCUUCGAACAACGGCAUAUGAGGCAACUUCGAUAGAACCCGAGGGAACGACGCUCCGGGAUGUAUCAAGCAGCCAUCCCGAUUACGACAAAAAGAUUCUAGAAAACUAUGUACCAGUUUAUGUGAUGCUCCCAUUGGGAGUUGUAACAACUGAUAAUGCAUUGGAAGACAGAGAUGGGAUAAAGAAACAACUCGGACAACUACGGGCAGUAGGUGUGGACGGGGUGAUGGUUGAUGUUUGGUGGGGGAUUGUAGAAUCCAAAGGUCCAAAGCAGUAUGAUUGGACUGCAUAUAAGAGCUUGUUUAAGAUAAUUCAAGAAUUUGGUCUGAAACUUCAAGCUAUAAUGUCCUUCCACCAAUGUGGAGGGAAUGUGGGAGAUUCUGUAAACAUUCCACUCCCCAGUUGGAUUCUCAAAAUUGGAGAAUCAAAUCCUGAUAUCUUUUACACAAACCGCUCGGGUAACAGGAACAAGGAGUACCUCACUCUUGGAGUGGAUAACCAGCCUCUCUUUCAUGGACGAACUGCUGUAGAGGUAUACAGGGAUUACAUGAAGAGCUUCAGGGAAAACAUGCGAAAUUAUUUAGAAGCUGAUUUUAUAAUAGACAUUGAAGUGGGACUUGGACCCGCGGGGGAGUUGAGGUAUCCUUCAUAUGUAGAAAAUCAGGGAUGGGUAUUUCCUGGCAUUGGAGAAUUCCAGUGUUAUGACAAAUAUCUCAAAAUGGAAUUCAAAGACGCUGCAGCAACUGCAGGACACCCAGAAUGGGAACUUCCAGAUAAUGCAGGAACUUACAAUGACACACCUGAAUCUACAGAGUUCUUCAGAUCAGAUGGAACUUACCAAUCCGAUGAGGGAAAGUUCUUCUUGACAUGGUAUUCCAACAAACUAUUGAGCCAUGGUGAUCAGAUCCUUGACGAAGCCAACCAAAUCUUCCUCGGCUGUAAAGUUAAAUUAGCAGCCAAAGUAGCUGGGAUUCACUGGUGGUAUCAAACGGAAAACCAUGCAGCAGAACUUACAUCAGGAUAUUAUAACUUGAAAACUAGAGAUGGAUACCGACCAAUAGCAAGGAUGCUAUCACGUCACCAUGCAAUUUUGAAUUUUACAUGUCUAGAGAUGAGGAAUUAUGAGCACAGUUUAAAAGCCAAAAGUAGACCUGAAGAACUAGUUCAGCAGGUUUUAAGUGGAGGUUGGAGAGAAGGCAUUGAAGUAGCAGGAGAGAAUGCACUACCAAGGUAUGACCAUGCAGCUUACAAUCAAAUUCUUUUAAAUGCUAGACCAAACGGUGUCAACAAGGAGGGUCAACCAAAACUUAAGAUGUCUGGAGUGACAUACCUUCGACUUACUAGCAAACUCCUGCGGAAAAGAAAUUUCAAUAUAUUCAAGAACUUUGUGAUGAAGAUGCAUGCUGAUCAGGGUUACUGUCCCAACCCAAAGGACUAUAACUGCUAUGUGGUUCCACUUGAGCAGUCGAAAGAAAAAAUUUCGAUGGAAGAAAUUUUAGAAGCAACCGAACCAUUGGAACCAUUCUCAUGGGAUAAAGAAACUGAUGUGCCAAUUGGUGGUCCUUUUGUGGACUUCUUUAAUAGAAUACUAUACAUAUUAAGAUGAAAGAACACCCAAACAGAAGUGAGCAUUGCUAAACACAAUACGUUACUAUAAAGUUCAUGUCUAAGAAAUAUCACACCUCUUAUUAUUAAAUAAAAUUGAUAUGAAAGUUUGAAACAAAGUCAAAACCAAAAAUCGCCAUAGGAACAAAUUCAUAUAUAAAGUGGUUAAACCAACGCAUGAUAAUUUCUCCA